AAGUUCAUCUUUUUCACUGAAAACAAAUCUUCGUGCAGUGGGAAGCAAACAGACUGAUGGUGUUCUUCUUCACUGCCAUUUGCCAUUUCCGUCUCCUUAAUCAAAGCUCCAACUGCAACCAUGGCGUUUUCUGGUAAAUGCUCCAGUGGAAGCAUUCCACAAUUGCUUUCAAUUGCCAUUUUUCUUUACACCUUCACUUCCAAAUAGCCAUUACAGAAGCAGAAGAACAACUUCUACACAACCUCCUUUUCUUCUUCCUUCUCUUCCAUCUUCCCUUUUUCAAAAACACUUCGCUGCAUUCUCUCCUUUUCCUUUUUACUCUUCCCCCUUUUCUCCUCAAACCAUGACUCUCAAGUGGGGCUUUCCCUCACUGACGCCUCUCCACCUUACGAGAGCGCCAAUGGCGGCCAAAUGUGAAGGCCUUGGCCUUGGAGGUCUCUUCUCGGAUGCAAAUUCCGGAGCCUUCCCCUCAUUUCUUCCUAAAGAGGUCGCUAAAAUAAAUGAUCCAUUCGCCAGAACUAUGGCUCGUAAAAUCGAGAGGCUACCGAUGACAUUAUUUGAUACUUGCAUUAUGAGCAGCUGUGUUAAACCAGUAAUAAGAAGUGAGAAGAAUCCAGUGGUUCUACUCCAUUGCUUCGACAGUUCUUGUUUAGAAUGGAGUUAUGCAUUUCCUCUGCUUGAAGAGGCUGGUCUAGAAACAUGGGCUGUUGAUGUUCUUGGAUGGGGGUUUUCUGACUUGGAUAGCCUUCCACCAUGUAAUGUCGAAACAAAGCGUUCUCAUCUAUACCAGUUUUGGAAGACCUACAUCAAGAGACCAAUGGUGUUAGUUGGACCAAGCCUUGGUGCAGCGGUUGCACUUGAUUUUGCAGUUAAUCAUCCGGAAGCUGUGGAAAAGCUGGUCUUGAUAAAUGCUUGUGUGUAUGUUAAAUGCACCGGGCACCCUACAAAACUGCCGAAUGUGGUAGCAUAUGCUGGGGUUUCUUUGUUGAAAAGCAUCCCUUUGCGCCUUAUUGCAAACAAGUUGGCUUUCAAUGAACUUUCACUUUCUCGAAAUCUAGAAUGGACUAAUGUUGGCCGUUUGCACUGUCUAUUGCCUUGGUGGGAUGAUACAACUGUUAAUUUUAUGAACAGUGGAGGCUAUAAUGUCAUUUCCCAGAUCAAACAGGUCAAGCACAGAGCACUUAUCAUUGCAGGCGAAGAUGACAAAAUUAUCCCCUAUAAAGAUGCCGUGAGACUGCAGUGUGAACUACCAAAUGCUAUAAUGCGAAUAAUAACAGAUAGUGGUCAUCUUCCCCAUGUCGACAGUCCUGCUUCUGUUUCAAAGCUUAUUACAAAUUUUGUGUUACAUCAUUCCUCAUAGGAAUUCUUUACACGUGUAAAACAUCCCGAUAUACACACACAUACAUAUAUAUAUAUAUACAUAUACAUAUAUUAAUAUUACAUAGUUUAUGUUAUAAGUUUAGUUA